GCAGAGGAAGCAAGCGCCUCCAGGAUGUCGGAAUGUUGUUUUAUCGUGUGAUGUGUCCAGCCGCAGGUAGUUUCUUAACUUAUUUCGGUGUAGUUUCGUGCGAGAGAGUUUAGUCUUCUGUAUGGUGGUUUUAAAAUUGAGUUUAGACUUGUUUUUGUGUCGGUCUGCUUAACAUUGUGGUCAGGGCAGCUGACAUUAUCUCAGCCUUUGGUCGGGCGGUGUUUCUAAAGGUCCGGAGGGUAAAAACUUUGAAUCUGAAAUGUUCAUUGGAAAAGCGAAUUGCGCUCUAUAUUAUUUACGUUUUUAACUUCUGCUCACCGUGUGUCGAGCUGCAGCUAGCCUAAUUUGUUUGAAGUUUAAAUACGCUUGAUAAGCUCAUAAUUACCGGCUUCAGCUGUCUCUUAACAUUAUCAAUCAGUUCAUUUGUGCGUGUUUUUAACGCAAAGUCGAAUAUUUAGCUUCCGAACUAGUGGACUGUUCGGCGACCCAAUGUUUCAUAUUCCAGUUGUGGGUAGUUCCCAGCUCCUCCAUGGUUUUUUCAUCAUCUAAUGGAAGAAAAAGCAUCCAUUGGACCUGCCAUGGUGUCCAGAUUGCCUAAAUUUGGUGGACGACCCUCAGGAGGUGGCWCUAGCCCUCUCUGCAAUGGUUCUGCACAGCCAAAUGCACCUCAGGAAGGCAAGACUACAACUGCAGGAACACAUCAAAAUGGCAUGGUCCGCUCCUCCCCCUUCUCCUUGAAAUGGAAGAGAGAGGAACAAAUAAAAUCUUCUAACUCUGUCGCAGCUACUAAUCCURGAGAAAGCAGYGAAGACAAUAUUCAGUGUCAGUUCCCUUCAUUGGUUAAAGAGGUAAAGAUUACCUCUCCAUCAACCCCUAAGUUGUGCAAGACAGGUUCUUUGAUGAUGGCUGUCUCCAGCCCCAAAGCCAUUCCUAAGCAACCCCUAAAGUUGAGUACGAAAGGAGGAACUAAAAUAGGUCAAAGCUCACUAAAUGGGGUUACUAAAAUUCCCAGUAAUGGCUCCAGCAUUCCUGCUCGAAUAGGACCAGACCUGCGCCCUAUCCGACCAAUGUUAGGCACAAGCUCGCCCAGAAGUGCUUCCCAAGACAGUCUGUCCCAGUCUAAUGAAAGCUUGAAGAUAUUGACAGUGGACAAUAUAGUGCGUUCAAACAGCUUCACUCACUUCAAGCAGAUUCCCUCACCGACUAAUGAGCCUAUGACAAGGUCCUUCUCCUUUAAUCGGGCUGUGGAGCUAGCUAAGCCCCUGGCCAACACUCAGCUCCGACCCCCUCGUAGUAGUUUCCUCAAACCUCCACAGGCAAGCAAUGGAAGACUAGGUUUAGGAAUAAAUGGCAGCCUUGGAGGUUCAGGUUGUCAAGGGGGAGGAAUUGGAGGUCUUCAGUACAGCAGAAGUUCCCCCUGCUUUCUGCCCAACUCUUCAAUUUCUCCAGCACCAAAUACUCCUCAAUCUUUGAAGAAGCYGUUGCUACCCAGUUCUGUAUUAGCUAAAUCACUGGACAACAACGCAGGAUCUUUGGGUUCCAGACUGACUCGAUUUGGACAGAACAAACAGCAGAAGUCUAUUGUUCCAGAUAGGGUCAAAGACGGUAUCAAAUCUUUAGGUUUCUCUAAAUGUGAAGGGCCUUUAAGGAYGGAAAAAAACAGUGAACCAAAAGAAGACUCUCCCAUUGAAAGUGACGUGAGUUCUGGAAAUGAAAUUCCCAAUGGAGGAGAAAAUGGUGUGCACGGGCAGAGCURUACCGAAGAGACUUCAGAAGACAUGUCCUUAUCUUCGGUCUCAUCAAUAGACAGAGGUGAUGCCGUUGAAGAGUUUCUCAAUGACUUUGACUGCAUUGAAGAUGUGUGCAAUGAUGGGGAUUUGCCUAAUAAUCAGAAAACUGACAGCACUAUUCAACCUAUUGCAUACAGCUUUUACAAUGAGACCAGUGACUGGGAGUCUAAACAAAUUACUGAACAUAAAGAAGAAAGCCCUAAGCAGGACUCUCAAGGAUCAUUGAUGUCUCCAGUGCAGGGUGAUGCCCUCCAGGCCUCAUCUAUUGAAAUGUCUCCCUCCAACAGCUCUGGCGGGACUUACAUGUGGGAUGAAGAAGGUCUUGAGCCCCUUGGGAUGCAUGAGACUCCAUUAGACAGCUAYGAUGACUCAGAGCUCAACAGCAUGGAUAUCCUGAACAACCUGACCCCUUCAGAAACCGAAGUUCUGGAUGAAAAUGACCUAAUGUUGGAUGUGGAUCUCCCAGACGACGGCUUACACGACUUUGAAAGAAUGUCCCACAUUGAGCGACCAGAACGAGCCAACCGGCAAGGACAGCGUYGUAAACAACACCGCUGGAGUGGUUCGGAUCACUUUCACGGUGAUGGCAGGGCAUAUGUCUUCCAGAAUUAUGAUGGCUUCAGGGGUUCAAAAGCCUCUUCACGGUUUGUCCCGUCUGAAGCCAGGCAGCGAGGCUACACACCGAUGCUGGAUGAACUCACACUCGGACACAUGAAUCAGGACUGCAGCUUGCUCAAGAAUCAGCUGCUCCAGCUCAAAAUGUUACUAGAGCUUGAGGAAACAGACUCUUCAACAGAUGUUUUUGAGCAGUCUGAAGACAAUACCACUGUGUCACAGAUGGAGGUGCUGAUUAAGGAAGUAGAGGUGCUCAGAGAGGAGCUGAAGAACCGAGACAAGACUAUUGCUCAGCUCACACUGCAGUGUCAGCAGCUACAACAACAUCCACCAGAACAACUGCCUUAUCCAGGACGUCAGGUCAGGUGUCAGUGCCACCACCAGAGGGCUCCUGCUUUGCUACGAAAGAGUGACAGGCCAAUGGACAAACGAAUGCAACACUAUGAUAAGGCUACCCAGACAUACUGGAGACCACCGAGCCAUGCUGUGUCACCAUUUGCUUUAGGGACAACAAAAGCAGACCAGCAUUACCUAAGAGGUGCGCCGCCCACCCCCUUUCUGUCCCCUUGGCAAGCACAGCACCAGGGUUUGACCCGUACCAGCAUGCCACAGCGCAGACACACCUCAAAUACUACAGCCUUUCAACCCCCAUCCCAGCGAGCACCCCCGCCAGGAAAGACUAAUAAAAACUCCCCCCACCGAGGACCACAGUGAGCUCACAAGGACUAGAUCAGGGAAAGCAACUUGUACAGAUGAUGACCGUCCUCUUGAAGCUACUAAGGUAGAGGUGUCCGUGGCAGCCGGAUUUGACAAGCUGAGUCAUCUUCUCGGGACGGAUCGUGCCUCGGUUCCUGCGCUCCACAGGGGAUAACUGGCAGAGACAGUCCAGCGUCAGCAUCUCAGUCUGCAGCACAGCAUGGGUGGAGAGCCCCUUGCUGAGAUGCUGCAGAAAUAGUUCGCUACAAGAUCUGCUGGGUUGACUGGCCCYGGCGUGCCGCAGUCUUCUCGCCUUCACAAGUGCAUCCAAACCAGGGGGCACUGGUGGCUUACCUUCAGAGGCCUUUCCCUGCUUUGACGCCGGAGCCAAGGUUCAAGCUCCUCCACUGUUAGCCUCUCAAAACAUCUGAGCUCRGCAGAGAUUUAAUGUUGUGACAGCCCGAUCACGAGUCAACCAAAUACCUUUAUUCCUUUGAGUCWUUCAUGCCUCCCUAAACCAAAGAUUCCCUAAGGAGUUAAAAUCUACCCACCACACUAAAACUAUUAUCACACUGUCAUUGGCAUCCAUCCCCUUCUUCUUCAAGCCACAGUAAUGGUGGGCUUGUUUGCUCGUUUGAGUGUCAAACAAAGAAUUCAGAGCUCAUUAACUAAUUUGGACCAUUCAGACUGUUUGUCGGCGUCAUCCCUUUUGACUGCUGUACAGUAUUGUUUCUAAAUUGGCUGCCCAAGCUUGUACACAAAACACGUUUGGUAAUAGAUCAAAAUGUAGCAGAAAUGUCCUCACAGCAGUUCUGAGUAAUAUACGACAGUUUUCAGGUUAA